GUACAGUACCUUCUAGAGUGACUGAUUUUGCUCUUUGCUUUCUGCGGAGGGAUGGCUCUUAACAUUCUUUAUGUUCCUUUGCUUCUCUGUUUGCUGCAUAUUGCAACAUUAUCAGGGUCUGAAACUGACAAAACUGAAGAAAAGUAUGUUGAAGUAGGCCAAUCAGUUGAGCUGAAAAAUCCCCACCAAAAUACUGAAGACAUUGCGUGGAAGAAAGAUGGACAAGUUUGUAAAAUGAAAAGUGGAAAAUCCAUUGGAAACUGUGACUUUGGCAGUAUUGGGAGUGAUGGAUCACUUACUGUGAAAAACAUUAAAAAAAUAAUGGAGGAUGAUUAUAUUUUGCAUAAUUUUAAAGAUGGAAAACUUUUGCUAAAAGUAACAUAUAAAUUACAAGUAGUAGAUCCAAUUCCAAAACCAAACAUUCAGUUUAUCUGUGAAGGAAAGAAAGCAGCUGUCUGCAAUGUUACAUAUAACAAGGAUUUACAGUUCAAAUGGAAGUUAAAUGGGAAUGAUCAAACUAGUAAAGCAUCCAAAACCUACCUACUUCCUUCAGAUAUCUCAAAUGUUAAACUGAUAUGCAUCGCGAGCUUCAGAGAUAUUCAAAAAGAAAGUAACUCCACAGAUGUAAAAUGUAAAGAUGAAGCCCGACCCAUUGACCUAAACUGGAUGUUAAUAGGAGGAAUUGCUGGAGGAGGCACUGUGCUGAUUAUUCUUUUGACAAUAACGAUUUACUGUUACUGUCGAAACAAAAAGAGGCAGCGUGAGGCAGGUAAAAGUCUCGACCUUCCAGUUUUGCCACCAACAAAUCGAAAGAGAGAGAAUCCAUCAAGACCACACUGCAACCACCCAAGGUCUCAGUCUCAGCCUCGAACGCAAACUCAGACAAGACCACCUCCUCACCAGCGAUGUCCACCUCCUAAUGCAGACCAAAUAAUAAAUGAUGAAGCAGAAGAUCAUCCACCACCAAGACCUAGACCAAGGCAAAAAGCUCCAAGUUAUAAUUAAUAAAAACAUAGAUGUCAAGUGUAAAUAAUCCUUGGGCUGUGUUUGAGACAGCUUUCUAUUUCUGUUGUUUCCAUCCAACACUAGUAGGCCCAUUACAAUUAUUUAUAAAAGUCACUUAAUGUUGAGUUACACUUUUAUACUAAGCUCAUUUAUAGUUAUUAUCAUAUAUUCUGCACCUGUGCUUGAAUGUUAUGGUCGAAAGGUGUCAUUCACCUGAAAUCCUAACACUCAUUUUUGAGUUAAAUAAGGGCAGUGUAUUUACUUUUUUGACUGCAGUGAAGAUCUAAGAAAAACUUUGUGAAUGAUUAGCAAAAAAUGAUUUGUUUCGGCAUUUAGGCAAGAAACCAUUUUUUAUUUUAUAAUAAUACUUAUUAAUGACAUCUGUUAAGUGUUUGAUGAAAAUUGAUUGACAAGAUUUUAUCUAUAAUGAAAAGACACAAAACAUUACAAGUUAAAUUGCAAU